UUUGAUGGAGGUGCGUUCUCCUCAUCCUGGGCCAGAGCUGAACACCGCGCAGUCCCUGUUGGAUCAGAUGCAGCCAAUAAACACGCGUUCCUGCGACCUCGAGCGGUGCAUCUCCUUGCCAACCCGCCCUGCCGGACAGCGAGACGGGCGUCUUCUCAGAUCUGGCGCAUACCGUCUGAGAUCAAUCCUGCCUCUCAUCAUGCGGGUGGGUCGGGUUUGUACAUAUAGUCCAAUCUGCCUAGCAUGGCACUCUGGCUCUGCUCUUGCACCACCUGGUCUCUGUCAGCGAGCCUUCCGUUCUUUCUUUCCAGCACUCCGUCCGAUCUUCACGAAUGGCUGCUUUCGUUGCGCGUCCUCAUUUGCACGGGCGCGGGCUCGCUCGUUUAUUCGAGCGACGCUCGCCUCAAGCAGGCGCUUCGCCUUCUUACAACCCGUCAAUUGUCGUGUCCGCCAGGGAUGCCACCGCAUCCACCUCCGUCGUGAACGCGAAUCUGCCCGUGAAAGUCAAGGCAUUAGCCGGCGUGCUCACCGUUCUCGGCCUCAUCGUCUUGGCCAUCGCCGCGUGGAAAAUUAGAUCUUGGAUGAAGAGGCGUCAAGCCAAGGCGACCGGAACCGUUGAUGAGAAGAGGAAUAGCAGCGGCAAGGCGUCGCUGUUCGACUACUCGGACGUCGAAUCCGGCCUGCACGCACCGCGGCAGGUCGUGCUCGUCCCUCCUCCCCCGCCGUCGCCUAGCACCGGCGCCGCCUGGGUUCCCCAGAUCAAGCCUUGGACGCGCCCGUCAGGAGCUGCUGUUAAAGUCCCUGAACCCGCCGUGCGCCCGAUGUCAAAGACCCGCAUGAUGCUGGAAAAGAAGGACAUGCCCAUGGGCGUCUCACGAGCGGGCGAACCGUCACCGCCGCCGUCGUACGCCAGCUCCGACGACCACACUACCGCCUCCCGCGCGCUGCCUCCUCCCCCUCCCCCUCCUCAAGCUAGACUGCCUUCUCCGCCGCCGCCGACGCCGCCCGCCUCCCUCAAGCUCAAGUUCAUCCCUGAUGACGACUCCAUCCCCGCGCCAGUGGCCAGCCCGCAACGCUCGACGUCGUUCGCGCCCGGCUCGCCCUCUCCUCAAAAGACCAAGUUCAUCACGCGUAUCAGCGCCGGAUCCUCGGCGGACGUUAAACGAUUACCUCGCACGAUGACGGUGAUCCAGGUCUUCGUCCCCUCUCUCGAUGACGAACUCGCUAUCGAGUUGGGGGAGAGCCUCCGUCUCUUGGAGGAAUACGAGGACGGCUGGUGCUUGGUUAGCCGAGGAGGCGCUGCCAAGGGCGUCGUCCCCCGCUUCUGUCUGGCGGAGCGGCAACCCGCACAACCAAAGCAGAGGGCAUUCUCCUUCAAGGGCCGGCAAAAGUGAUGCUCGGUGCUCUUCACGUCCACCUGUCAUGACCAUCACGCCUUUCGCCGACCCCUGCCACGUCUAGCACCGGAUUCCUGUCCCUCAUGACAGGCCCAACAGGUUUCUUAACCUAUCCAUUCGUUCCACACCAUAGUAUAUUUAUUCGCUAUCAUAUGUGUCCUGGGCCCAUUUAGUCCCAUGUUAUUGGCAUCGUUAUUUAUCCCGCCUAGCCCUUUGGCUCCGACGGAAGGUCGCCCUCAGCUCGCUCUCAAAUCGCCCUCGUCCCCGCACCGACAUCACGCUCACGAGAACGACGCUGGCUCGACCGGUCCUCCCUCGCACUGCAGCGCGCGACGCGGCUAGUCCCGCGUCCUUCAAGACGCGCGCUGCCCUUCAGAUUCGCAUUCGCUGCUGCUAGCCAGCUUCAGACGGCAUUAUAACUGUAUCGCCAUGGACACUAGGGGGACACUCGUGUUGUAGCUAGCCCCGCACCCGCCUCUCCGGCAACCCUCUGCUCUGUACGCAUGUAUCGGCUCAAUCGCAACUGUGCUCAUUA